AAGCUUCAAUCUAAGCUAUCUUUCCAAUCAAAGUCAGCUUUCUUAUCUUGAGCGUAUGGGCGUGUUGAAAAAAAUCCUUUCUUACCCCGGUCUCCUCACAGAACACUAACACUAGAAGGCACCUAGUUAAACGUUGAUUGGGCUGAAGGUAUAUAAAUAAUAUCUGGAUAUUUGAAUUUAUUUGAAAUAGCCACGUUACGUGACUUCCAAGCUUUGCGCUAUGGCUGCAAUGAACAACCCAUAUCAGAAAUAUGUGAAGGAACUGAAAGUACAGGGGAAAGAAUUUAAAUAUUUCGACCUUUCAGCCUUAGGAGAUAAAUAUGAAAAAUUGCCAUUUUCAAUCAAAGUCUUAUUGGAAUCUGCUGUUCGUAACUGUGACAACUUCCAAGUAAAACAAGGAGAUGUAGAAAAGAUAUUAAAUUGGGAGCAAAAUCAAAAAAUACCUGGAGGAAUUGAAAUUCCCUUCAAGCCAGCUAGAGUCAUACUUCAAGACUUCACUGGGGUCCCUGCAGUUGUGGAUUUUGCUGCUAUGAGAGAUGCUGUUAAGGAAUUGGGAGGAGAUCCGGAAACAAUAAACCCAGUUUGUCCAGCCGAUUUAGUGAUCGAUCAUUCCAUCCAAGUAGAUUUUAGCAGAACUUCUGAUGCCCUUCAGAAAAAUCAAAACCUUGAAUUUGAGAGGAAUCAUGAGAGAUUCAGGUUUUUAAAGUGGGGAGCAAAAGCCUUCAAUAAUAUGCUGAUAGUCCCACCAGGUAGUGGUAUUGUACAUCAAGUCAAUUUGGAGUAUUUGGCGAGGGUGGUGUUCACAGGAAAAGAUGGAGUAUUGUAUCCUGACACUGUUGUUGGUACCGAUUCUCAUACCACAAUGAUAAACGGUUUAGGUGUCCUAGGAUGGGGAGUAGGAGGUAUAGAAGCAGAAGCAGUUAUGUUGGGACAGUCUAUCAGCAUGCUGCUACCAGAAGUCAUCGGUUACAAAUUGUACGGGUCUUUGAAUCAGUAUGUCACUUCAACGGAUCUCGUGCUUACCAUAACGAAACAUCUUCGACAAUUGGGAGUAGUUGGUAAGUUUGUGGAAUUUUUUGGACCAGGUGUGACGGCCUUAUCAAUAGCCGAUAGGGCUACCAUUGCUAACAUGUGUCCAGAAUAUGGGGCUACGGUUGGAUACUUCCCAGUCGAUCAAAAAUCCCUAGAAUACCUGAGGCAGACCAAUCGAAAUGAGCAGCAAGUCGAUCUGAUAGAGGCAUACUUGAAGGCGACCAAACAGUUCCGGGACUAUUCUUCUGGUGACAACGACCCCAUUUUCACCCAAAUCGUUGAACUGGAUCUGGCCACUGUUGUUUCUUCGGUGAGCGGACCUAAAAGGCCCAACGACAGAGUUUCCGUCAAAGAUAUGAAGGCUGAUUUUGCUGCAUGUCUUACCAACAAGGUAGGUUUCAAGGGCUUCGGCCUCCCGAUCGAAAAAACCAAGACCGCCGCCAAGUUCUCCUUCGACGGCAAGCAGUACUCCCUGAAGCACGGCAGCGUCAUCAUAGCAGCCAUCACCUCCUGCACCAACACCAGCAACCCCAGCGUGAUGCUCGGCGCCGGCCUCCUGGCCAAGAAAGCCGUCGAGGCCGGCCUCACCGUGGCCCCCUAUAUCAAAACAAGCCUUUCACCAGGUUCAGGCGUCGUCACCUACUACCUCACCGAGUCCGGCGUCAUACCAGCCCUGGAAACCCUCGGCUUCGAGGUGGUCGGCUACGGCUGCAUGACCUGCAUCGGCAACAGCGGCGGCAUCGACGAGAACAUCGCCAGCGCCAUCGAGCAGAACGACCUGGUGUGUUGCGGCGUGCUGUCCGGCAACAGGAACUUCGAGGGGCGCAUCCACCCCUCCACCAGGGCCAACUACCUGGCCAGCCCGCUGCUGGUGAUAGCGUACGCGAUAGCAGGUACCGUGGACGUCGACUUCGAGACCGAACCUUUGGGGGUGGGUAAAGACGGGCACCAGGUGUACCUGAGGGACAUCUGGCCCAGCAGGGACGAGAUCCAGGAGGUGGAGAGGAAGCACGUGAUCCCGGCGAUGUUCAGGGAGGUGUACGGGAGGAUAGAGAGGGGGUCUUCGAACUGGCAGGCGCUGGAGGCGCCCUCGGGGUUGUUGUACCCUUGGACGGACUCUUCGACGUACAUUAAGAGGCCGCCUUUCUUUGAGGGUAUGACGGUGGCUGAGCCGAAGAGGUCUGGCGUGGCCGGCGCCAGGGCUUUGCUGUUUUUGGGAGAUUCGGUGACGACGGAUCACAUCAGUCCUGCUGGGUCUAUCGGAAGGACGAGUCCUGCUGCUAGGUAUCUGGCUCAAAAGGGCCUAACCCCUAAAGAUUUCAACUCGUACGGAUCGAGAAGAGGAAACGAUGCCAUUAUGGCGAGAGGCACGUUUGCCAACAUUAGGUUGGUUAAUAAAUUGGUUACCAGGCCGGGGCCAAAGACUCUCUAUCUGCCUACCAACGAAGAGAUGGAUGUCUUUGACUGCGCGGAGAGGUACAAAAAGCAAAACACACCGUUGAUCAUAGUGGCAGGCAAGGACUAUGGUUCAGGAUCAAGCAGAGAUUGGGCAGCAAAGGGACCUUAUCUACUGGGCAUUAAAGCUGUGAUCGCAGAAUCCUUCGAAAGGAUCCACAGGUCCAACCUCGUAGGAAUGGGAAUCAUCCCGCUGCAGUUCCUGCCCAACCAGAACGCUGACACUCUCGGUUUGACGGGAAAAGAAAUAUACAAUAUAGAUUUACCCGAGGAUCCCAAACCCGGUCAAAAAAUCACGGUAACACUCAACACUGGAACCUCCUUCGAGGUUGUUCUUAGGUUCGACACAGAGGUAGAUCUGCUGUUCUUCAAUAACGGUGGAAUUUUGAAUUACAUGAUUAGGAAAAUGUUGAAGUAGUAGAGAGGUGAGGGGGUCCAACGAUAGGACCGUUGUUGAUUUUUUUUUUGGGGAGGUUUGUGGGUUAAUUUUUUAUGCGAUAUGGAUUAUACGGACACGAUAAUUAUGAGGCGAUAGUGACUUGUCGAUUGGCUAGGUGUAAGUCCAUUCGAAGACUGUUUUUACUGUUCAAUUUUUUUUUUAAGUCUAUACAUAAUUUUUAUGUACUUUUAAACGUUACGAAUAUCAAGAAAAUGCUCGCCUAGGUGUAUCUGGUACAUUCUAUUGAUUUAUAUACUUUUUAUUGCAUUGUACUGAAAGUACAUUCAUCAUACCAUCAUCACAAGAUAAUAUUUUUUGUAUUCAGGACGAAAAAAACAAAAAAAAAAGAGAAAUAAACAAAGCAAUAACAA